CUGGACUUUGAGAGAAAGCAGAGGCAGUUGUUACUGCGGUCCCCGAUAAGAGGCUGGAGAGUUUAAAAGAAAAAUGGCAGAACAACCGGAUUCAACUGCAAUUUCUUGUGCAAAAGCUCUCUCAUCUUUUGUCGAAAAAGGAAAAGCUCUGCUGGACCUUGCUGAGAAGGAAAGCAGGGAAGGCUCGUGCCAAGAAUUCGUCAGGCAGAAAAUCCGCAUAGAGCGUAAACAGUCACUGCUGGGUCUGAUUGAAGCCGGUGCAACUCUGUACAACAGCCUGUCUGUUAAACAAAAAAAGGAUGCAGAGGAUCUCUGGAGCAAAAAUACAAACUGUGCUGCUUUGAGAGAAGCUCUUCAGGACUUUAAAGAGCUCGAAGUGCAGUGGGAUGCCUUUCUACAGCGUUUGGAUGAUGAGCUACAACUGAGUCCUAAAAUACACAAUGUCGAUCAUCAAUCAAAAUGCAUUUCACCAGAUACGCCGCUCAUCGAUGCCAGAACUGGAGAAACAGUAACGCUGCAGAAAUAUCUUGGGAGAGGUAAGAAGAUAUUGCUGGUGUUAAUCCGUCAGUUCUCCUGUCUGCUCUGCCGUCUACACGUUCAAGAUCUGCAGAAGAAUCAAAGUUCUCUGGAUGCACACUCAGUACAAGUGGUGGUCAUUUCGUUUGGCUGUCAGGAGGGAGCAUCACACUGGGUAGAGCAAACAGGCUGUCAGUACGACAUGCUGCUGAAUCCCAGUAGAAAGAUGUAUAGUGCAUUUGGUCUGGGAGCAUCUCUGCAGAAAGUGUUAAACUUCGGUAACAUGCUGAUCUACUCUGAAUAUGUAGCGAACGACAUGGAGUUUCCACGAGAGCUUCCGUGGAUUCAAGACGACAUGUUUCAGCUGGGAGGCAACUUUGUUUUGGACGAACAUGGAAGGGUGUUGUUCUCUCACCGCUGCCAGAGUCCAAUAGACCGACCCUCAGUGGAGGACAUUUUAUCUGCACAGUGAAUAUUAAAAUCCUUCAUGCACGGCAUGACUUAAUUAAAGGAAAAAAGAAACAGA